AUGAUUUCCGGGCGAGGGGGAGCGGGGGCUCGGGGUCGCAUCCGCCCACCUCGUCGGAUUGUGCGUCCAAACGCACCUGGCGAGGGAUCCGAUUUCGAAGCAUGUUGGAACAUGAUCAAGGAAGCGCUGCGCGAUAUCCACAACAAAAGCUGCGGUCGUCUGUCCUUCGAAGAGCUAUACCGAGCGGCCUACAAGAUUGUGCUGAAGAAGAAGGGCGAGGUCUUGUACGAUAAAGUCAAGGAGUUUGAGGAGCAAUGGUUUGCCGAGCAUGUCAUUCCCAAGAUCGAAAUCUUGGUCACCAAGAGCCUCAUCAACAUUGGCAUGGACAUUUCGUCGUCGACUUCUGUCAACGAGCGAAGACAGACGGGUGAGAAAUUCCUCAAGGGCCUGCGAGAUACGUGGGAAGACCACAACAUGUCUAUGAACAUGACAGCAGAUAUCCUCAUGUAUCUUGAUCGAGGCUACACACAGCAGGAGCCACGCCGAGUGCCCAUCUUCGCUACGACCAUUGCAUUAUUUAGAGACCACAUAUUACGUUCUUGCCUUAACGCGAAUUCCGAUAGCCUGAUUAUGGAUAUUCUUAUAUCUGUUAUGCUGGACCAGAUCGACAUGGAGAGGCGUGGAGAUGUGAUUGACCGAGCGCUCAUCCGCAGCUGCAGUCGCAUGCUGAGCUGCCUGUACGAAACUGAGGAUGAAUCGGAGAGCAGCAAGCUCUAUCUAACCAUCUUUGAGCCGCGAUUCCUCAGCAAUAGCGAAACAUUCUACACGAGAGAGUGUGAACGGCUACUACGGGAAUCUGACGCCAGCACAUGGUUACGACACACCCAAAACCGGCUCAUCGAGGAAGAGGAUCGAUGCGGCACCACCAUCGAGCUCGAGACACUUUCCAAGGUGUCGCAAGUGGUGGAUCAGAAACUUAUCCAGGGCCACCUGGGUGAUUUCCUUGCCAUGGAGGGCAGCGGUCUGAGGUGGAUGAUUGAUAACGACAAGACGGAUGAUCUCAAGAUCUUGUACUCACUAAUCUCGAGAGUUGAUGAUAAGAAGACGGCUCUUCGCGAAAUAUUGCAAAAGCGAGUCGUAGAAUUGGGAUUGGAAAUUGAGAGUGUCUUGAAGAACACCGACUUUUCGACGGCACAAGCUGAUGGCGAAGAAGAAGGUGGUGACAAGGUGAAGACGCUUAACCCUGCCGCGCAGCAAACUGCCGCAGCCAUCAAAUGGGUUGACGACGUGCUUCGGCUAAAGGACAAAUUUGACCACAUGCUGGCAAAUUGCUUCCAAGACGAUCUAGUGAUUCAAACUGCACUGACCAAGAGCUUCUCCGACUUCAUCAACAUGUUCAACCGGAGCUCAGAAUACGUUUCUCUCUUCAUCGACGACAGUCUAAAGAGGGGCAUCAGAGGCAAAACGGAAGAUGAAGUGGAUGCCAUUCUUGAAAAGGCCGUCGUCUUGAUUCGUUAUCUGGCAGACAAAGACCUCUUCCAAACCUACUACCAACGCCAUCUCGCACGACGACUUCUCCAUGGCAAGUCGGAAAGCCACGAUGUUGAAAAGCAAAUCAUAUUACGCAUGAAGCAGGAGAUGGGACAGCAGUUUACAAGCAAGUUUGAAGGAAUGUUUAGAGAUCUCGUCACAUCCGCCGAGCUAACAUCAACGUAUCGCGACCACAUACGCAAUCUGGGAGAUGAGAGCCAUACCGUUGAGCUGAAUGUGAAUGUGCUUACGACCAACUAUUGGCCACAAGAGGUCAUGGGACGCUCCGUCCAGCUUGACGAUGCGCCAAGAAUGCAAUGCACAUACCCGCAAGAGGUCAAGCGGCUGCAAGCUAGCUUUGAGCAGUUCUAUUUGACUAAUCGUAAUGGACGAAAGCUCACCUGGAUUGGCACCACCGGCAGCGCCGAUAUCAAAUGCACGUUCCCAGCUAUUGAGGGGAAGUCUGGUCCAUUGGCGCGAGAGCGUCGUUAUGAGAUCAACGUCCCUACUUUUGGCAUGAUUGUGCUGAUGUUGUUCAACGAUUUGAAGGACGGCGAGAGCCUGUCAUUUGAGGAAAUCCAAGCCAAAACAAGCAUUUCAACGGUGGACCUCACGCGGGCGCUCAUGGCAAUCUCGGUAGCACCAAGAUCUCGCGUUCUGGCCAAAGACCCGCCAACAAAGACUAUCAAGCCUGGUGAUAAAUUUUCGUUCAACGCUUCUUUCCAGAGCAAAACGAUUAGAAUCAAAGCGCCCAUCAUCAAUGCCAUUUCCAAGGUUGAGGACAAGGAGGAGCGAAAGUCUACAGAAGAGAAGAACAACCAGACUCGGGCCCAUAUAGUGGAUGCAGCGAUUGUAAGAAUCAUGAAGGCCCGCAAAGAACUCAGCCACUCACAGUUGGUGAGCGAGGUUCUGUCUCAGCUGGUAGGCCGCUUCAAACCCGAGGUAACUCUCAUCAAGAAGCGAAUCGAGGAUCUCAUAGUGCGAGAAUACCUCGAGCGGCCGGAUGAAGACGGAGCGCCGUCCAUGUACCGCUACAUGGCUUGA